AUGGCGGCGUUUGUCUCCCACCAAUGGCUGGCUAAGCACCACCCGGACCCCGACCUCAGGCAGAUGCGCAUCCUUCAGCGGGCCCUGAAGCUGCUUUUAACUUCCGAGAGGGGUUCCGUGCCGCUGGACAUCAUGACAGAAGGGUCGGUGCCCAACGCCAAGCCACUUCCUAUGAAG